UACACUCACGCCGAUAUCUUCCGCCGUUAUGGCGUAUCCAAAACCAGAGGAUAUGAGUACGCCAAAGCGGAAACUGAGCGGAGGGAACGGAAUAUCCCUAAUCGACUCGAAACAAGAGGUCGACCGCCUAAAAUCACCGACGAAGAUAUCCAACGGAUGACCGAUAUCCUCGAGAGCGCUGACUGCGCCGAAGAACGAGCUAUUGAUUGGGAUACACUUGCGCUUGAGGCCGGACUCGAUGUUUCUAGCCGAACAAUUCGUCGGGCUAUGGAAAAGCAUGGAUACUUCAAAUGCGUCGCGUGUCGGAAGCCGUACUGCAACAAACAGCUGGCCGAGAUGCGAUUGAACCGCGCGAAGCUUUGGCUCGAUAAGUAUCCGACUCCGGAUCACUGGAAAUAUAUCAGAUUUAGCGACGAAGUCCAUUUCGGGAUGGGGCCUCAAGGGAAGCUCGUUAUUAUCCGGAAACGCGGCGAACGGUACUGUCCCAAGUGUAUCCAACGCGCGGAGGAACGGGACGACGCAGAGAAGCUCAAAGUCUACGCAUGGGCCGCGGUGGGCUACGACUUCAAGUCCCCCCUUACCUUUUACGAGAUACCGACGAAUAAAAACGGGAAGAUGACCCAGGACGUUUAUCCCAAGGAGAUACUCCAGAUGGAAGUUCAGGAAUGGGUCGACCGUGGAGAUUUCUUCGUUUUAGAGGAGGAUCAAGACUCAGGCCAUGCACCGCCGCGGUCACGGAAAAAAGGCAAUGCCGUACAACAAUGGAAAGAGCAAAAUGGCGUACAUUCGUACUUUAAUUGCGCAGGAUCGCCGGAUCUUGCGAUCAUCGAGGACUGUUGGCAACCGACGAAGCAAUACGUACGGAAAUAUCGCCAUUUCAAUCCCGAAGAGACUCGUGAAUUAGCGAUCGAGGCCUGGGGAGAGCUUAAACAGGAAUGGAUUAAUAAACGGGUACUUUCUAUGCCUGAUCGACUUCGAAAGGUGAUCGAGGCUGGUGGUCAACUGAUUGGUUAU